AUGCACCCUCCUUAUGCAACUCCCUCCCCAUGUGGUCCCCAGGGAGUGGGCGGGGUGCCAGAGCGAGCCACAUGGCUGCUGGAAGUGGCUCGCCGGGUGGAGGACAUGGGGAGGCUAAGGAGCAGGCCAGAGGACCAGCUCGCAUUGGGCUCGUAUGCACCACCGUCAGCAGCUGCUUUGCUGCAACCCUCGUCCUUCCCGCCCCUCUUCUCGCCCGACUUGCUCACCCGCGCCAAAGCUGAUGCUGCUGCCAGGCGCAGGGACAACAGGGCCAACAUGAGCGGCAUAGAGGAGGCGCGGCAGCGGCUGGUGGAGCUGCGGGAGAGGAAGCAGCAGAUCCACGAUGACACCAUCCUGCUGGCCGCUCAGUGUGUGGUGGACCCUCUGCGCGACCAGAGCCAGCAGCACACAGCAGCUGCUGACGCCAAUCUGACCGCUGCUGUGCAGCGCUACCUCUCUCUUGCUAACGAGGUCGCUUAUAAAGUGGACAGGGACCUACUCCCCUGGAUGCAGCGCAACCCCCCUCCUCGCCCCAUCAAGAUCGGCCCUCGAGCCUCCGCUGUGCACUCACAGCACUCCGCUCUUCUCAAGAUCCUGGCAGGGCUGCAGGUGGUGCAGGCAACAGCACCAUCUCUUCAUGAGGCAGCCACUGUGACAGCCGGCACAGCCACGCCGCAGGUGAAGGCGUGGUGGGUCACAGUUACAGGGACAGCCACGCCGCAGGUGAAGGCGUGGUGGGUUGCGGUGGCAGCAGCGACUUCCAGCACAGCAGAAAUCGUCCACUCCCUGCGUGCAGAAAUUUCAGCUCUCACCGGCCCGACCCAGACGUAG